UUACGUUCCCAGGGGCGGGGCCGGGCUCUCCCGCCCCCGCCCCCGCCCGCCGCCGCCGAGGGGCAGGGCCCCCUCUCCCCCUCCCCUCCCCGCGCGCCAGCCCUACGCCCCCCGUGCGCGCGCACAUUCACGAGCCCAGGCGGCAUGCAAAUGAGCCAGAUCCAGUGCCCAGACCCAAGCCCCGCACUGCUCCAUGGACACCCCCAGCCCAGACCCGUUGCCUUCGCCUUUGCCUGGGGAGGAAGAAAAACCUCUGGCCUUACUUCCUCCUGUGCCCGGGAGCCGCAGAGGCCGACCUCCUGGGGGAGCUCACCGAAAGCUCAAGUCCUCACUCCCUCGAAAGCGGGGCCGUCCCCCCAAGUCUGGGCCCGAGCUCCCGCUGGCACAGGGGCUGCCAGCAACAGCGGUGGACAGUGAUAGUCGUGGUGGUGGCAGCAGCGACCUCCUGCUGAUCGAUGACCAGGGUGUGCCCUACACAGUCUCCGAGGGCUUGGUGGCCACUGGGCCCCGGGUCUCUGGCCCCCGGAGGGCUCCCCACUUCUGCCCAGUGUGCCUGAGGGCCUUCCCCUACCUCUCCGACCUGGAGCGCCACAGCAUCUCGCACUCAGAGUUGAAGCCACACGAGUGCAAGGAUUGUGGCAAGACCUUCAAGCGGUCCAGCCACUUGCGGCGGCACUGCAACAUCCACAUGGGGCUGAGGCCCUUCCUGUGUGCACUCUGCCCACGCCGCUUCCGCGAGGCUGGAGAGCUGGCACACCACCAUCGUGUGCACUCAGGUGAGCGCCCCUACCAGUGCCCUGUGUGCUGCCUGCGCUUCACGGAGGCCAACACACUUCGACGCCACUCCAAGCGCAAGCACCCUGAGGCCCUGGGGCUUCCUGUGUGUCACCCGGAUCCGAGGCCACAGCCACCAUGGGAUGAUGAGGGGAUCCCGGCCACUGAAGGAGUCCAUGAGGAGAACCCCGAGGGGAACAAGCCUGCCUGACCUGCUCCCCCCACCACAGAUCCUCAGUUCAGGCCUGCAGCCCAGAGCUCAACUGGGGAUGGGGAUGGGGCUGGGCUUGGGCCCAGAAGGUGGCAUACCCUUGUUCCUGGUGGUUCACCCGCUUUGGGAGGGGGUGGAGGGCAGGGACCAGCAUGUGCUAUUGCAUCUUGCCACUGGCCUGUGGACUCCCAGAUCUGUGGAGACACAGGCCGUGGAAAUAAAGCCUGCCUACUGGCCCUGUA